AUGCUUUGCUGCAAUAAAAGAAAGAAGAAAUUAGAUGAUGGAAUCUAAGUAAUAAGGAGGACCAAAUUAGAAAUAUAAUAAACCUAAGACAUUAAUGAUGAAGCUAUGACAUUGUAUUAAACUUAAAAUUUCUUUAAUAACUCGAAUAUAUUUCACAAUACCAAUGAUCUCUCAAGUUAAAGAUUCAGAACAGGCUCUAAUAUUAAAGAAAGUCGAUCUGUUGAUAAAUUAAUAUAGAAUCUUCCAAGUCUUAGUCCUCGAUAGACUUCAUUUAAAAGUUUUAAAUAUUGCCAUACGAGUCCUGAUACCAAAUUCAUUUCUUAGAAGCAAGGGUUUACCUUAUUAAUAACAAAAUCCCCUAAGAAGUGAAUUACUUUAAGUUAAAGAACCUUUUUGAUAUCAUGUUUAAUUCUUAUAUAUACCCAAUAAUUAACUAGUA